AUGGCACAUUCUUCUGGUAUUCGUAGACCAAUUCAGAUUCAAGAGUUCGUGAUUGCUAUUAGAGAAUCGUCUGAGCAUGAAUUACAAGAGAUCAGAAAAGAGAUCAAUAAUGCAGUGAAGCAUUUACAAAGAUCUAACAGAAGGUUAGAAGCGUACGUUGCCAAGCUUAAGGGUGAAGAGGUAUUGAACAGACAAGAAUUGGACGCGGAAGGGAAUUUUUCCGAUGAUGAUAUUGAUGAGAAGGAUUUGCAAGUAUUCCAAGACUCAUUAGCGGAAAAUGGAAAAGUAUUGGAUAAUUAUAACGAAAGGCUACAAGCUUUGGACCUAGAAGAACAGCACAGGGCUAGCACUGUAUCUUCCGGUGACAUCCAAUCGGCGUCCACAAAAUUAAAAAGAUCUUUGCAAUCUCAAGGCCGGAGAACCGUUGGCGUGGAUUCAGAUAAUACUGCUGAUGCCACUGGUUCCAAUAGCAUUAACUUAUGA